AUGGAUGUUGAACGGCUUGUGAAGCUUGAGGAAGAAUCAUGGGCCUCUCCAGCCGCACGUGAACUGUACGCCACGCCGCUCAUUCCCGGCUUUCCGUGGUAUACACACCGCAGUGAAUCCACCUUGACUGUACGCCGGUAUAUAGUGCCGUAUCACUACACCUUCCGUGUGUUUGUAAAGGGACGAUGGGCCGGACGGGCUUUAUUAGAUGUGUACAGUGAAGAACACGCCCAUCACUCCCGUGCCUAUUAUGAGGCAUGUGUACAGCAGGGACGACUGCGGCGACAACCUUGUCUACAUCACAAUGUACGUAGAAGUCGAAUGAAACGAUCACAAGGCGUGGAUGUGCCGAAUGAAAGUGAAGGAACCACUAUCCAAACAACAGAAGAACCAACAGUAUUACAACAAGGGGAUCUCGUAUUGCAUACGAUUCAUAGACAUGAAAUACCUAUAAAGAUGGGGAUAACAGGUGUGGAUCCUAUUCUUUUAGCUGCUGUACGUAUUAAAGCGUAUGGUCUUUUAAUUGUACAUAAACCUGCUGGAGUUCCCACACAUGCGGGAGGUCGUUAUUUUAUGAAUUCCUGUACAUCUAUGUUAGAGUAUGUGUUAACACCCAAACGUCUCAAUGCGUGGCUUAUCCAACGUGAUCCCUUACUGCAGUCCAUUGUUUCCACUAUACACUUAACGGAAGAAGAGAUUCAAGAAUUGCUCUUCUACUAUAGUGUAAAUGAAGAGAAAGAAAAAGAAAAAACAGGAAAAGGAAUAGAAGUACUUGAAUCUGUACCAUUUGAACGUUUACCACGUCCUUGUUAUCGUUUAGAUAAAGUCACUUCGGGUGUAUUAUUGUUUGGAGUCUCGCGGGCCGCUACACGGCGGGUGGGAGAAGCCUUAACGAAGAAAACAAAACAAAUGGAAACCGUCUUUUUACAAGAGUUGUUACUACCAUUACGAGCCCAAAAGAAAGCGAUGAUGGAAAAGAAUGAAAAUAAUAAUAGUCCUCCAAUACUAGAGGAAAAAAUGUUAAAAAGUCUUUAUGUGGGUGUGAGAAAACGAUACUUGGCACGUGUGCAUGGUCGUUUUCCUCAACAGGCAUUACAACAAUUCCAUACACGGAAUAUUCCUAAGAAAGAAGGAGAAAGUGAAGAAAGUGAAGAAGAAGAAGAGAAAAAGAAAAAGAAGAAGAAAUAUAAACCAACGGAUGGUCUUUUUCUCGCUACCAGUGGCUCUACUACACAGUGUGCAAAAACUAAAAGUCCUUCAAUGGAAGAAAUUGGACCAACGGUGUUACUCGCUUCUCCGUUAGUACAUUACAAGUUUCGUGAAGAUGACGAUGAUGAUGAAAACAACCAUAACACCACUGCCAAUAAUAAUAAUAAUAAUAAUAAUAAUAAUAAUAAUAAUACUGCCAAGAACAUCAAUAACAUCAAUGAUAAUGAUAAUAGCACAGUACAAUCUCCACAGGAUGCCAGUCGAAAACAAUUAAGAGAACCUUUCUUAACAGAAGCUGCAACACUCUGUCAACCACUACGUUACUGUGGCUCUUCUUCUUCAUCUUAUUCCUUAUCAUCUUAUUCCUUAUCAUCAUUAUCAUCUUCUUCACAUAUUGUACGGGAUGAAUGUGAGACUUUAGUUCACUGUGUGCCUUUCACAGGUCGUAUGCAUCAAAUUCGUAUGCAUUUGAGUGAUUGGGGACAUCCAAUCAUUGGGGAUGAGUCCUAUUAUAACGAUAAGGAAUCACAGGAACAAGGAGAGGAAAAGGAAAAGGAAAAGGAGAGAGAAACAGUUGAGACUACUAAACAAGAUAAGAGGACAACGAUAUAUUUUCGUGUGGAGGAAUUACCCAAAACUUAUCGUGAAACUUUUUAUACACAUGAUGAUCUUUGUUGGGAAUGUUUGGGACGUAUUCCAGUGGCUUCCUUUAGUAAUAGUGUCCAAGGCGUUGUGGCUCUUCAUGCGUGGAAGUAUGAAAUGGAUCAUCACUUAUUAUUAGUGGAUGAAAAUUCUAAUUCUGCUGAUCACAAUAUGGAAAGUAGAGAAGAGAAAAAGAAAGAUUCUAGUGAUAAUAAUAAUAAUAAUAAUAAUAAUAAUAAUAAUAAUAAUAAUAAUAAUAAUAAUGAUAAGGAACACAAGGAAGAGUCAAGAGUUGAUAAAGAAAGUUCUCCAGAUCUUUGUUGUAGUUGGGAUAGUGUUCAUGAAAAAGAAGGUGGAUUUGUUUGCCGGCAAGGACAGACUGUUAUUUUCUCUGCACCUCCACCCACAUGGUCACUUUGUUGA